UUCGUUAUUUUUUAGAUGCAAAAAACUGAAAUUCAUCGGUCACCAAAUGAGCGAAAUGAAUUAGCAGAAAUUGGAGCUGAAAUAAUAAUUCAUUCAUUUGAUCGACCAUUAAGUGAAGAAAGUAGAAAAUGUGUUUCAGGAGGAACAAAUAAAAAAACAACAAGUCUUAAUUAUCCAUUACAUGAAAGAAAUAAUAUCAAAUGUUGUGCAUGGUGGCCAUCACAAGAGUAUCCAUAUGUAGUUGCUAUCGGGCAACCUAAUGAACGGAUUAUAUUUUGA